CCACAUAACAGAGUGGAAAAGAUAUACUAGCAGCCAGAAGAGAAGAGCAGGUGCAGAAUGGAGAUGACUGAGGGCAUCUAUCGACCUGUAGACCCUGGUGAGGUCAGCAAGCCCGCUACAGACAAAUAUGAAGAAGCAGGCACCGACACCAUUGAUGUUCUCAGCAAGACUCCAGACUCCAGAGACAACCAGGAAGGCCCAGGUCCUCAUCACUCUAGGCCCUGGAGGAGCACUGCUGUGUUUCUGGGUCUGCUGUGUGUUCUUCUGCUCUCUGGUAUUGCAGUUCUCAGCUUCAAAAUGGUGGAAGCCAAACAGUUACAGGAUAGUUGCACAGAGAAACUAAGGAUGCAGUCAGGUCAUGACAAUCUGAUCAGAGAAAAAUUACAGUUGCAAAAGAGUUACGAUACCCUGAGUAGUGAGAAAUCCCAGCUACAGACCCAUUAUGACAACCUGAAUUCAGAGAAAUCCAAAUUGCAGGACAAAAUUAACAACCUGAAUAGUGAGAAAUCCCAGCUACAGACCACUUACAACAACCUGACAAAAUACAGCACCCAACUGCAGAAAGGUUACAACAACCUCAACAAACAAAAGGCCCUUUUGGAUGCUAGUUACAAUAACGUAACUGAAGAGAUAUUACAGUUACAGGAAAAGUAUAGCAACCUAUUUAAAGAGAAGUCUAAAUUACAAAGCAACUGGGAAACAUUGGACAGAGACAAUUCUUUGUUACAAGACAGAUAUCAGAACUUAACUGGAGAGAAAUUUCAGUUACAAACCAACUGCAAUACCCUGAAUUCAGAGAAAUCCAAACUGCAGGACAGAUUUAACCAUCUGUAUUCAGAGAAAUCCCAGCUGCAGACAAGCUACAACAACCUGUAUUCAGAAAAAUUCAAAUUGCAGAACAUGUUUAAUAUCCUGAAUAGAGAAAAAUCCCAGUUAAACACUAGCUACAACAACCUGAAUUCAGAGAAAUCCCAGCUGCAGACCAGUUACAACAACCUGAAUUCAGAAAAAAAUCAGCUACAGACUAGAUACAACAACCUGAAUUCAGAUACAUCCAAAUUGCAAGACAGAUUUAACAACCUCAAUAGAGAGAAAUCCCAGCUACAGACAAGCUACAACAACCUGAAUUCAGAGAAAUCUCAGCUACAGACAGGAUACAAUGAUUUGAUUAGAGAUAAAUCUCAGUUACAGACAAGCUACAACAACCUGAAUUCAGAGAAAUCCAAACUACACGACCGAUUUAACAACCUGAAUAGAGAGAAAUCCCAAUUGCAGACCAGGUACAACAACUUGAAUUCAGAUAAGUCUCAGCUACAGACAAGUCACAACAACCUGAUCAGAGAGAAAACCCAGCUACAGAACAGACUGAACACUGUGACUGCCGAGAGGGAUGCACUGCAAGAGAAUUUGUCAAACCUACAAUCACAUGACAUGAAGAAAAUUAAAAGUCAUGCAGUGGAUGUGACUCUAGAUCCUGACACAGCGCAUGCCCAGUUAAUCCUGUCUGCUGAUGGAAAACAAGUGAGACUUGGCGACACACAGCAGAAUGUCCCUGACAACCCCAAAAGGUUCAGUCCUGUUAUAUUUGUCUUAGGAAAACAGGGCUUUUCCACUGGUAAAUUCUACUAUGAGGUUCAGGUCAAGGGGAAGACUGCGUGGAUCUUAGGGGUGGCCAGAGAGUCCAUUACCAGGAAGGGAGACAUAAAUCUGAGCCCUGAGAAUGGAUAUUGGACAAUAUGGCUGCGUAAUGGGAAUGAGUAUGAAGCACUAGCUGAUCCCUCUCUUCCCCUCUCCCUGAAAGAGAAGCCCCAGAGGGUGGGGGUGUUUGUGGAUUAUGAGGCAGGUCUGGUCUCCUUUUAUGAUGCAGACUGUUGGUAUCAUCUCUACUCUUUUACUAAUGUUCCCUUCACUGAGAAACUUUACCCACACUUCUCUCCUCAUCUUAAUGAUGGAGGAAAGAACUCCGCUCCUCUUAUCAUCUCCUCAGUUCCUAUCUGCCCUAUCAAGUAAUGUAUAACGAUGGGUUGAUGUUUUAUUAAAACCAGCAGUUCAUUACGCACCUGAAACUCCUCUUACAUCUCUAAUAAGUUCAGAAGGUUCUUUUUUCAUGGAAAAUCGCUUCAUGUCCUUAAAAUGGUUUAUGUAGCUUAUAUUUGUUGCAUACUGAAGCUGUAAUCGGUCUGCCAUAAAUUUCUAAAGUAGAAAUUCUCAAUCAUGACAUUGACUGCUUAUUUUUGCUUUAUUUUUCUUGGAAAAAAAGCAGAUAACAUACAGAGCGUUACAAACUUCAUUUUCUCCGGAGGGUUUUUUUUAAAGAAAUAACUAGUUAUUUGUUCAAUAAUGGCAGACCCCAAAUAUUCUGAUCUUAUGCAAAUGAAUCUCACUGCUUUCAUAAGCCCGUUUGUAUUUGCUUUUUCAUGAUUGUACAAUGUUAUUUAAGUUGUGACAACUCAUUUCCAGUGUCCUGGGUACUAAGGGUUGCACAGAGUACUCAAGUGCUCGGGUAAUCGAGUAGUAACAUCAAUGCUUGAGCUUUUAAGCUCGAGAUCUUGUUAACCACACAUGUUAGACAAUAAUAGAGUGUUUGUGUUUUUUUACACCAUGAUUGAUUAUCAGCCUUUUUACAGUAAUAUAGUCAGAUUAUGCUUGCUUUUACUCAAAUCAGACUGUAGAAAUAAGGAUUCAACUACAUUGUUUUAAAA